AAACGAAGUGGACUGUGUGCGGUGAUUGGUGCUCAAGAAGACAUUAAAUAUGACCUGAGCAACAAGGAUGCCUGCAGCCAUGAGUUGCUAAAGGAAGAGUUGAGGCUACUACCGCUGAGCAGUAAGAUAAGCAUGUUAACACACCAAAAGAAACCAGCCACUAGGUCCUGUAGUUUGGGCGAUACGGUGCCAAGAAGUCAUACCUUUCACUCCACAUGUCAAGGAAGAGAUGAGAUCCUUGAAGAUGAGGAAUCCCCACGCCAAAGAAGGAUAACUGUUGCAUCGUACAUUCCUCAGUCCAAGGACCAUACUGGAAAAAGUGUAGUGAAGUGGGAUUCUAAUGGGUACAGAGCCAAAACUUUAGCAGAGCUGAACACAGAGGAGGUUUGCCAGUGGUUUAGUAAUAUUGGUCUACAGAAAUGCCUGCCCUUCAUUCGAGAGGCAGAGUUCAGUGGAUCUCACAUCGCUUCUAUUGAUCUCAACACCCUCGAAAUCCUUCAAGUGUCCAGUCUGGAGGAGAGAGAGAGGCUGCUGUCUGCCAUUUACCAUGAGUUACACCCGCCAAACUCCACCACCCAAAGACUCGACUCCCUCCUUGAAAGAUUUGGUCCACACAAUGUUGAGAAAUUCACAGCAGCUUUGGUUUCCAUGACCAAGUCAAAAUCUUCUCCUCAAGUUGGCAGCAUCAACAUGAACCGAUGUUCAUUCAAAUUCAGACCGAAAGAACAAAAUGCAAGAUUUCACAAGAACUCGCAUCUCAUUGAAAUUACAGUCAAUGCCUCAGAUCGAACAGUUCAUUUAAGGACACCCAAAGAGACAAGUGUGGGAAAAGUGGUGGAGUCCUGUCUGAGGAUGCUGGGAAUUAAUGAAGACAAAGAUCACUUCAACCUGAAAAGCAGUGAAGAUGAGUUCUCCCCUGAGCAGCAGAUUGGAGAUUUGCCUGGCUCAGAGACGAGACUAAUGGAGCUUCACUUAUAUAGGAAGGAAACACAGAAAGCGGGUUCUUAUUCAUCAGAUAACAACAUUAUUUGUACCACUGACAAUAUUCAGAGAAAAAUUCUGCUAAACAACACUGGGAAGAUUCAAGAGCUAAAUCAACAGGUGGCCUCCCUUCAAAACGUCAUCAUACAAGUUCAGGAGCUUUACCAUGGUCUGGUAGCCUUCUGUUCAGAGCUGAAGAAGAUGGAGGGGGAGAUGGAUGCAGUGCAAACAGACAGCUUUGAAGUGAAGAGGCUUCUCAGUGAGACCCAGGACAAUCUGCAGAGGAAAAGACAGAGCCUCCAAACACUCAGGGACAAUCUUAACACUGCACCAGUGCAGAAGAAUAAGCCGUCAGAGGUCCGACUUCUGGAGAAGAUGAGGCUAAACUGCCAGGUGUUUAAAGACGAGAUCACACUAGUCCACCUCAAUCGACAGGUGGCUCACCUACGUGAAGUUCUGGAGAAGAUGCAGGCCAAGGAGAAAGCCGAGAGGAAGAGCCCUACUCUGACUCAGCUGGUCUCUUUGCAGUCUCCUGUCAUGCUGGUGGCCACCCAAGUGAAAGCAGACCCAGGCGGUCAUUACGGUUUCUCUGCGCACUGGGUAGAGGGCCAGGGUCUGAUGGUGGUACAUAGUGAGGGUGCUAAUCUCUGCCUGAAUGACAGGCUGGUGGAGGUUAACGGAGUGAACGUCUUGGGGAGCAGUGAGGAUGAGUUGGAGUCGAUGCUUAAGACACACACUGCCCACAUCGUUGUUCUUCGCCAGCUGGCCCAAGAACUUCCACAGGAAGACCCAUCUGCCCCCACUUCAGACAGACAAAUGCUGCAGAAACAUCAAGCAAUUUCUUGAAAUGUGUCCAGACCUGUCAUCUGUGUAUGGAAGACCCGAGGAUGCCACAGCAUGAAUAUUCCCAUCAUCACAGCAGGAAUUGCUCCAGCGCACCGACUGUCAGACAUAGCUGCUAAAGUUUAUGGAGCAGAAACAUUUGCCACAUGCAGACGUAUAGCACAUUUCUUCGGGAUUGCCUUCCCUCUGGCCAAAAACCUCCUUAUAUGCAUUCUGUUAGGAUCUAAAGCCAGUAAAAAUAGUUUGGCCUCUUUAAGAGGGAAAAAAGUUUCGCUUAACAAACGGAGGGGGCAGCUCGGCAUUUCAGAGUUGUUUUUUUGGGGGGUGUUGAAGCACAGUAAGGGUGGCUGUGGCUUUUCGGGGCUUUCUGGCAGGCUGUACUUUAACUUAACAGCCAGUGCAAUAUGUCUAGAGGACACCGACUGGUAUGUGUGUGCACCGCAUUCAAAGACUAUAUCAGCUCAGUCUACAGGGCCGCUGACGUAUCGUUUAACAUGGACACGUUUAUCCUUGUAAUGUAUACGAUGUGUAUUGUUAGUGUCAGUUGAUAUUUAAAUAUAAACCCAGAGCAUAUCGACCUUAUGGUGUGUGUACAGAGUUAAACAGCUGCAGCCAAUCGAUCCAAGUACACACAAUUUAGCCGUCUAUCCUUUCACUCCCUCUUUACAUCCGAAUGAGUCAUUCAAGGCAAGGACAUUUAGAUAUCUGCCAAGUUCCAUAAUGACCUGCAGUGACAAUCUUGUCUCCAUUUACUCCAAACAUCACUGGAUAGACUCAGGACUAUCGCCCAAAAUGGGUCACUAAAGAUGAUGGAAAGGAGUCGGUUAUUAACAACAUAUGCUGUUUUAUAUGCAUUUUUGGACGGUACUUACAGGAGGAAGAUGUUCUAGUUGUGCACUCUUGCAUUGCGCUUGUUGGCUGACCCUCGAAUGGUACAGUAACACCCCUGGGCGUCUGUUCUGUUUUAGGAUUGUAGAUAUGACCAACUCCAGCUUUCCAGAUAAGCAGAAGCAGACAUCUGUCUCUCUCUCUCUGAACUCAGCACUUCCAGGUUCAUCUCUCUCCCAUCUGCCCCCCAUAACAUGAGCCCCACUCCUGCCCACCCGACAUUUAAGGAGCUCCUGGCAUUUGUUUGAAGUUAGUGUAGGCAUUAGCUCUGGUUUCCUGCUUCAAAUCCCUAUGCAGACCCAAUAAAAGGUCUGUAGGUUGAAAAUUCACUAAAGUAGAUUACUGUCUGUACAGAAAUGUAAUGCAAACAAACUUGGCAUUUACUGGCUAUUAUGAGGAAAUUUCUCUGGCACCCAGUGACUUUCCCCCUAGUGAGGCUUUAUGGUUAGUCUGAGAUAGACAGGAACUCCUUGUAACCCCUACCAGCAUUACUAGUUUUACCACUUCAUCGACAGCUGGCCAGUUACACAGAUUUGUACUGUAUAUACAAUA